AUGCUUGCUCCAAUUGAAUCAGAAUAUGUUUUGGAAAAUCCAAAUAACGAACCUGUCAUUGAAUUAUUCCGUAAAUGCCUUCCACUAGAUGAAAAAGUCACCAAAUCCAGACCGGUUGUAGGAACCGAAACCGAUGGGUAUUCUGCUAUUUACAGGAACCAGGCUUUUCCAGAGCGUAAGAAAUAUGUUGUCAAAGGUCUUGAAACUGUUCAUAGUAGUUUUGAUAUCAUUGCUGAUGAGAACCCAGAAAAUGAAUGUUUCAAAUAUAGACCUUUCAAUUAUUUGGAACGAACCAAUGGCGAUUACAUAACUAAGAGCUUCAAGGAAGUGAAAGAAAUGAAAGACCAUUUCGGUUCCGGUAUGCUUUACCAUCUUAUGAACAAUCCUUUCAAGGAUGCCAAAUUUUCAAGUCAUCAAAAGAUAGACAACCAUAUCAAGAAUUACCAAUCAUAUGAUAAUAAGAACGAUUCUUUUAUUGUCACUUUAUAUUCCAAUAAUCGUUGGGAAUGGUUAUUGGCAGAUUUAGCUUGUGCCAGUUAUAGCAUUACUGACACUGCUUUAUACAACACUUUGGGAGAGAACACUUCAGAAUAUAUUUUGGAAUUGACAGAGUCUCCUAUGGUGAUCUGUUCAAGGGAACAUAUUAAAACUUUGAUCAGUUUGAAAAAGCAGUACCCUGAAAAAUUGGCUACUCUUAUUUCAAUUGUUUCCAUGGACCCAUUAUUUGUAUUCGACCAAUAUUUGUUUGAUUUGGCUGAAGAAGUCAGCAUAAAGUUAACUGGUUUCGAUCAAAUCAUGGAAUAUGGGAAGAAUUUUCCAUUAAAAAACUUACCACCAAAACCUGAAACCUUAUACACUAUCAGUUUCACUUCAGGUACAACAGGUUCCAAUCCAAAGGGUGUCAGUUUGACUCAUUCAGCAGCUGCUUCUUCUUUGUGUUUUUUGUUAACAUCAGUUCCUAUGACUAGAAAUUCGUUUUCUUUCUUACCUUAUGCCCAUAUAUUCGAGAGAGAAACUGUAUUUUUCACCUUAUCCGCUGGUGGAUGUGUCAUCUUACCACAAUUGAAUUAUAGUCCAUUAACUUUAAUCGAAGAUUUGAAGAUGACUCAACCGGAAAGGGUCUCCUUAGUUCCAAGAGUUUACAACAAAUUUGAGGCAGCCAUUAAGAACGCAACUAUCAAUAGUCCAAAUGUUUCUGAGUUGAAAAGAUCACUUUUCAAGAAAGCUUUUGACUCUAAAAUUUACAACCAAGCUUUAGAUGACAAAACUACUGGAAAAAGUCUUAUUUAUGAUUCAUUGAUAAUCAAAAAGAUAAGAGCCCAAUUUGGUUUUGAUAACAUGGUCUAUGCUAUCACAGGUUCAGCACCAAUCGACCCAGAGACAGUCAGAUUUUUGAGAGCUUCUUUGCAAUUUGGGUUCUGUCAAGGUUAUGGAUUAACAGAGACAUUUGCAGGAAUUUGUUUAUCAGCUCCGUUUGAAGGCCAACCCGGAAGUUCGGGACCUCCUGCAGUGAAUACUGAAAUGAAGUUGAGAGCCAUUCCGGAAAUGAAUUACGGUAUCAAUGAUGCAGGAGGACCAAGAGGGGAAUUAAUGAUUAGAAGUUAUCAAAAUUUCUCUGAAUAUUACAAGAACCCCGAGGAAACCCAAAAAGUUCUCCAAGAUGGUUGGUUCUCCACUGGAGACAUUGCCAGAAUAGAUGAAAAGACUGGUAGAGUUUACAUCAUUGAUAGAGUUAAAAACUUCUUCAAAUUAUCUCAAGGGGAAUACAUUUCACCCGAAGCUAUUGAGAACACUUACCAAACUUCCAACCCUCUUUUAUCCCAAAUGUUUAUUCAUGGUGAUUCUUUGAAAACCUUCCUUGUCAGUGUUUUGGGUAUUGAUAAAGUCAGUUCAAUUAACUUUUUGGCUAAACAAUGUGGUAUCGAUGUCAAGCAAUUAUCCAAUAUCAGUGAUUCAGAGGUCAUUAAAUUGAUGAAUGAUAAGAAGAAUAGGAAGAUUUUAGUCAAUUAUUUGAACAAAAAUGUGCCUCAAUUGAAAGGGUUCCAAAAAGUCAGAAACGUUUCAAUCGAAUUCGAACCAUUGACUUUGGACAGAAAUGUAGUUACUCCUACCAUGAAAUUGAAAAGACCUAUCGCAAAGAAAUUCUUCGAAGACACCUUAAACCAAAUGUAUGAAGAAGGUCCUUUGAAUGAUGCUAAGCUUUAA